GGACAGGUCCGUCGGCUCCGGAAGCCACUGUCCUCAUUCUCAGGUGUCCUUGGCGUUCGAUUCCACACACUCGUUAUAAACCAAGACCUACCCAUCAUCGUCUCCAGACUCAUACGGACGGACACAAGACACAAUACACACAGAAGCAGACGCUGCCGCCGGACCAUGGCACCCUCUUUCUUUUCUGCCGCCCUCAUCUCGGCCGCCCUUCUCUCUACAGCCGCCGCCACUAAUACCCAGCCAUACCAAUUGGUAGACACCUACGACUCUUCCAACUUCAUCGACAAGUUCGGCUUCUUUACGAGUGACCACUCGUCCCCCGACUACAAUGAUGUCGAUCCGACAAGUGGCUACGUCAGCUACAAGGGUCUUGCCGAAGCUCAGGAGCUCGGUCUUACCAAGACUGUCGGAGAAGACUUCUACCUUGGUGUCGACUCGAGAUCCGUCCUCGACCCGCAGGGUAUCGGUCGUGCCAGUGUCCGCCUCGAGAGUAAAUCCACCUACAAGACGGGUCUCUUCGUAGGCGACUUCACUCACUUCCCGAAGCCCGCCUGUGGGACUUGGCCCGCCUUCUGGACCUUCGGCAAGCCUUGGCCCACGGGCGGCGAGAUCGACAUCUACGAGGCUUGGAACCUGGACUCGGCCAACCGCUUCGUUAUGCACACCGAUUCCAGCAUCGGCGAAUGCACCAUCAGCUCCGACGGGAUGACUUCCAAUAUGCAGACUCCCAACUGUUCGCCCACUGCUCCCGGCCAGACCCCUGGUACUGGUUGCGCCGCCUUGGACUCCGAGCCGCCCUAUGCCUCCAAGAAGGGCGGCGUCUACGCCAUGGAGUGGACAGACUCUCAUGUCAAGAUUUGGGCUUUCACCCACGACAACACCCCCUCCGACCUUCUCGAAGGCAGGCCCGACCCCACCACCUGGGGCACGCCACGCUUCUCUACCGGUGACUGCGAGGUCAGCAGCCUGUUCGACGACGCUCGGGUCAUGAUGAAUAUCAACUUCUGCGGAGUUGCCGGUCAUGAGGGGCACUGGGACGAAUGCGAAGCCGAGACGGGGGAGUCUUCCUGCCACGCCUUCGUCGCCCAGAAUCCGACGGCCUUCAAGAAGAGCUACUUCCAGGUCCGCUCUAUCAAGAUUUAUCAGCUCACUGAGGGCAGUGAUGAGCCCCAGCCCGAGCCGAUUGAACCAUCCUCCGUCCCUCCACUUCCCGUGCCUUCGGGGGAACCGGAAGAGCCGGUGCCGGAGCCUGUUGACUCCCUGUCCAUUUCUUCCGAGUUUCCUCUUCCCACAGAAGUGCCCGAGGAGCCCGAGGAGCCCGAGGAACCCGAAAAUCCUGUCGAAGAGACGACCUCUCUCGUCAGUUUCGAGCCCGCUCCCUCCGAGACCGACGAUUUCCCCAUCUCGAGUAGCAUCGAGGGCGGUGUCCCCCCCGCCCCGACCCCGCCUCCUAGCAGCGGCGCCGAGGGCGAGUCCCCCAUCGUCACAAGUGAGCGCUUGACGACCUUGACCAUUUCAGAGACCAUCACGAGCACCAUCACUUCUUGCCCGCCAGACGUCGGAGAUGUGUGUCCUGGCAGCGGUGUGACCAGGACGACUGUCGUUGUCGUCGAGACGACCACCGUCUGUCCCGUCACCGACGUGCCGACCACCAUCACUAUCUCCAAGACGGUCAUCGACACCAUCACGUCGUGCGCCCCCGAGGUGCCCGAUUGUGCUAUCGGUGAACCCACGACCACCGUUGAGACUGAGAUUAUCGAGACAACCACGGAGAUUCCGGUCACCGAGACCCCCAGGCCUUCUCCCGGAGGGCCAGAACAGCCUGAGCUGCCCGAAGAGCCUGAACAACCAGAAACCCCUCCAGAAACCCCCGAGGAGCCCGAGCAACCUUGUCAACCAGGUCAACCCGAUUCACCCUGCCAACCCGAACAGCCCGAGACCCCGGAAGAGCCUGAACAGCCUGGCACGCCCUGUCAACCUGGCCAAUCUGAUCAGCCCUCCCGAACAGCCCGAGCCGGAACAACCUGGCACGCCCUGUCAACCUGGCCAACCUGACCAGCCCUGUCAACCCGGCCAGCCGGAGGAAUCCGAACAACCCGGUGGGCCUGGUCAGCCUGAGCCUGAGGAGCCUGAGCCCGAACAGCCCGAGCCCGAACAGCCCGAGCCCGAACAGCCCGAGCCCGAACAACCUGGCACGCCCUGUCAACCUGGCCAACCUGACCAGCCCUGUCAACCCGGAGAGCCUGAACAACCAGAGACGCCUGUGCCUGGUGAACCUGAGCCCGAAGAGCCCGGUCAACCCUGCCAACCUGGUCAGCCUGGCGAACCUUGUCAACCCGAAGAAUCUGAACAGCCAGAGACUCCCGAACAGCCCGAACAGCCUGGUCCACCCUGUCAACCAGGUCAACCUGACCAGCCCUGUCAACCUGAAGAGCCUGAACAACCCGAGACUCCUGAGCAGCCCGAGCAGCCUGAGACUCCUGAAGAGCCCGAGACUCCUGAGCAGCCCGAGACUCCCGAGACUCCCGAAGAGCCCGAGACUCCCGAG